UAUUCGCAAUAAAUUCACAACACAUACUCGUAUAUCAAAAAUUAUUAUCAAAAUUGUCACAACUAACAGAGAAACGCCUUUCAUGCCAUUCUAAACCUGCAAUCAAUAUCAACGUGAUGCUGAUAUUUGGCUCCGUGUCGGGUCACAUUUAUCCAUUUAGUCGCUCGAUCUAUUUUGGCCUCCACUGACAGAUAUCUUUCAGUUUGUGUGUGAGCAUUGUAAAAAUUGCCUCUCGCUCGACCUUUGUUAGGCGUCUCCGACAGACAGACAGCCACACAAAAGCUCCCACUGCCACUUGCCACCCAACCAGGCGUAGAUCCAACAUCUUCUUUCGCCUCCGUUGCCACGCAUAACAAAUAACAAAAAUAACAAAAAAAAAACGAAUGUUGUUUGUGUUUUAUGGCCCAAAACUGUUGCAACUCUUUGGUGCUGCUGCCUGUUGCUGCUGUUUCAUUAUUUGUUUCCGAUUAUAAACUUGUUAUGACCGCAGAGCCGUAUAAAAAGAGUCUGUGCCACUUGACCCAUCAUCACAGCCACUGAGACACACGGACCGAGAGGAGCAUCCAGCGUAGACAGCUAACCAGAGCGAGAGACCAAGCCAAGCAGCAGCAUGAAGAUAUUUGUGACGGUUCUGAUGGGCGCCCUGGCGCUGGCCCGGGCUGACAUCAGCCUCACCCAGGCGGGGUACAACUACCGCAUCCAACAGCAGCAACAGCAGCAGCAGUCGCAGCAGCAGCAGUUCCAGCCUCCAGUUGUGGCGCAUUUGCUCAACCAGCAGCUCCAGCAGCAGCAGCAGCAGUCGUCACAUCCGGUGCUGCCGCCUCUGCCACUGCCGUAUCUGCCACCUGCCGGCCAGUACCAGUCGCAGGCUGCCGCUCGCCCCACCUCUGCCUCGUUCCCAAUGCCAGCUGGAUUCCCCAUCAAUUUCCAGACAGCUCCCGCGCAGCAGCAUCGCCGUCCGCGGCCACGUGUGAGGAUACCCAAGCGGCCGAUCGUCACCAAGAACUUCUUCAUCCACUCGGCACCCGAGGAGUCCGACGAUGAGGUCCAGGACGAGCUCAACCAGCUGGCCCAGCAGCCGCGCAACCACUACAACGUGCUGUUCGUCAAGACCCCCGCCCAGACGAACCGUGCCGCCGCCCUCAAUCUGGCCAAGAGCCUGAAGCAGGAGAAGACGGUCGUCUAUGUGCUGGCCAAGAAGACGACGGCCACCGACCUGCAGGACGCCAUCGCCGACGCGCCGCAGCACGUCAACAAGCCGGAGGUGUUCUUCAUCAAGUACCGCACGCCCGAGGAGGCGCUCAAUGCUCAGCGCCAGAUUCAGUCGCAGUACGACACCCUCGGCGGCACCUCCACCAUCACCGACGAGGGUGUGGCGCCCAUUACCUCCGUGGUUGGCUCUCUGGAUCCCCAAGAGGAGGACGAAGAGGAGCAGCAGCAACAGCAACAGCAGCUGCAGCAGGGCGAAGGCAACUUCAUCGAUAAUGGCGCUGGCAAUAACGGCGGUGGUGCCAUCGGCAAUCAUUAUCUGCCCGCGAACCAGUUCUAAGUAUUCUUCUCAUUGCUCGCCACAUCCACCAGAUCCUAGUUAGUUAGCUGUCAUCCCCCUCCCCCAUAGA